AUGGUAGUUGAGAGCGGCAACUUCAAUUUUAGCACCGAUGACAGCUCCGGGACGAACCUCAGCCCGAAAGACAGUGUCCGCGACACUCUCACGUCCAGGGACCAGUCCGACCUCGGCAGGACAGGGCACACAGUGGUAGCCGUGUUUCUCGGUGUCAUUUUCCUGUUAGGAUUCCUCAGCAAUUUAUUCGUCCUUCUCGUCUUUGCGCGAUUUCAGGUGCUGAGGACGCCCAUCAAUCUCAUCCUGCUCAACAUCAGUGUGAGCGACAUGCUGGUGUGUAUCUUCGGAACUCCCUUUAGUUUUGCCGCGAGCCUCUAUGGCAGAUGGCUCAUUGGAGCUCAUGGGUGCAAAUGGUACGGUUUCGCCAACUCGCUUUUCGGCAUCGUUUCUCUAGUAUCCCUGGCAAUCCUCUCCUACGAGCGCUACUCCACGAUAUUGUGUUACACAAAGGCUGACCCGUCUGACUACAAAAAGGCCUGGCUGGCUAUCGCGGGCGCCUGGCUCUACUCCUUGGUGUGGACGGUGCCACCUUUCUUUGGCUGGAGCAGCUACGGUCCAGAGGGGCCAGGAACCACGUGCUCAGUGCAGUGGCACCAGCGCUCUUCUGGGAACAUCUCCUAUGUCACCUGCCUCUUCAUCUUCUGCCUCCUGCUUCCCCUGCUGCUCAUGAUGUUCUGCUAUGGGAAGAUCCUCUUUGCCAUCCGUGGGGUAGCCAAAAUCAACCAGUCGUCUGCACAGCGGCGGGAGACCCAUGUGUUGGUGAUGGUUGUCUCCAUGGUGUCCUGCUACCUGCUGUGCUGGAUGCCCUACGGGGUGGUGGCUCUGCUGGCCACCUUCGGCCAGGUUGGCGUGGUCAGCCCCACCACAAGCAUUGUCCCCUCCAUCCUUGCCAAAAGUAGCACCUUUCUCAACCCUGUCAUAUAUGGGCUUUUAAAUAACCAGUUCUACAGGUGCUUCCUGGCCUUCAUGAGCUGUGGGUCAGAGGCAGCAGGCAGCCACACCCUCCACACCCUGCCCAGCAGCCGAGUGGUUGGCCCUAAUGGCAACUCUCCAGCCCCAGAGGAGCCUGGUACACGCGAGCCUCUGGACGGCAGUGGGACCUCCUCGAAGACUCAGACACAUGGCCAGCAGAGAGACAAACGUGACCUGGUCCUGGUUGUGCACUACACCCCUUGAGGAACAGAGGUAUUUUGGGCAUUGGAGAAAAAGCCCACUCCCCUGCUCAUUAAAGCCUAAACACAUGGUGCCCCACACUGCAACAUAUGAUAUGAUAGAGGAAGUUAUCUAUUCGGCUGCAAACUGGAGAAGCAUUAAGUAUCUCUCUUUUCGUUAGAUGGUGUAAUUUGUCACCUGGAUGUGUAAAUGCUCUGUCAUUUAUAUCGCAGCAACCUUUUCCGUCACCCUGCGGUUGAGUGUGUGCUGUUCGGCCACAAGGUGGCAGCCUGCUGUAACAUUGACCUAUGCUGGAGUCUGUAGAGAUAAACAUUCAUCCGUCUUAGUAAACCCAGCCCUUACAUACCACCAGAUGUAAGAUCUCCUGUAUAUACUAUUUGUACCAAGUGGUCGGUGAGUUGAUGUGGCUGCAGAACUUGAUGGCAGUGUUUCCGAUGUAGAUUAUGAGAUGGCAACCCAUUGUUCAUCACGGGUUCUCUCUCUCACAUGUAACUAGAACCUGGAUGCCUUGUUGUGUAAGCAUGUUCAAACACAGUAACAUUCACAACGCUCCCGCUAUUCAUGUUGAGAAUCACCAUUCUUUUACAAGAUGGAUGUCACAUUAUUAAGAGGCUCUGAUAAGGGGCUCCUAAC